CCCGCGCCCGCGGCAAGAUGGGCGCCCUCGCCCUCGCGCUGGGGAUUUUCCACUACCUGGGGCUCUACCUGCAGCUCGGCGCCGCCUCCCGGCACCCCCCGUGGGACGCCCCGGCGGCGGGCAGCGCCCUGUUCACGGAGACCCCGCACGACAUGACGGCCCGGGCUGGCGAGGACGUGGAGAUGGCGUGCUCCUUCCGAGGCAGCGGCUCCCCCUCCUACUCGCUUGAGAUACAGUGGUGGUACGUCCGCAACCACAAGGACUGGACGGACAAACAGACGUGGGCUUCCAACCAGCUAAAAGCAUCGCAGCAGGAGGAGGCUGGGAAGGACGCGACAAAAAUAAGCGUGGUCAAGGUGGUCGGCAGCAACAUCUCGCACAAGCUGCGGCUGUCGCGGGUGAAGCCCGCGGACGAGGGCACCUACGAGUGCCGGGUGAUCGACUCCAGCGACGGCAAGGCUCGGCACCACAAGGUGAAGGCCUACCUGCGGGUGGAGGCGGCGGGGGGCGCCGGGCACCCCCAGGACACCCAGCUGCGGGGCCCCCACGCGCACCACCACCACCACAAAGCCGGCAAGGAGCUGAAGAAGCGCUCGGCGGACGCCUCCUGCGUGCUGUAGCCGGACGGUGCCGGCGGGGCCCCCCGCCGCCCCGGGCUCUGCUGCCCGCACCCCCCUCUCGCCCCGACGCCGCCCGCGCCCUCCCCUCCCGCUGCCGCGCGCCACGGACGCUCGGUCUCGUCCCACGGUGCCGCCAGGACGCGGGUGCCGGAGCGGGACCGUUUCCACGCCGGGAGGGAGGGAGGACGGGAGGCCCCGCCGGGCGCCCCGCUGCCCCCCCCCGCAUCGCUAGCUUUUCCCCCAGCCCGCCCCCCGCAAGGCCUCAGCCCGCUGCUCCGCCCGGCAGCGCCUCUCGCCUGCGGCGUCCCGGUCCCCGUCCCGGUCCCGGUCCCCCCGGUGCGCAGAGCAAGCGGCGGCGCGGCGUGCGGCAGAGCCCCCCCCCCGCCGUGUAAAUACCCCCGGGGCGGCGGGGCCGCGGCCCCCGCCCCGCCUGCCACCACCAGACCCGCUGCAGCUAAUAAAGCUCCUGGAACGAC